GUUAUACAGUUUUUUUUAAUUAAGAGUUUGAAAUAUAGUAUAAUUAAUACUUUUCAAGAAGAAUAAAAAAAAGCAUAUUAGAAGAAAAAAUAAUUAACAAAAGAACUUCACUGAAAGAAGUAUUAAAUAAUUAAAUUGAGUUUUUUUAUAGACAAAAAUAAAGGCAUAUUUCGUAGCAUAACAAAAUGAUAGAUUGUAAUAAUAAGCAAAUAGAGCUUGCGAUCUUAGAAGAUAAAAAAAUGAAAACAAGUGAUAUUAUCAAUCCAUAAGAAAUUCGUAAAGGCAGUAGCAACACUUUUAGCAGCAACAGUUCUAAUUUUAAAACAUCUAACUAGCAACCUUAGUAGCAAUCUUAAGAAGAUCAAAAUGCUAAUGGCAGUAAUCAUCUCAGCCAAACCUUGGAAUUUAAAAGACCUAGAAAUAAAUCAUUUGCAAAGGUUUUAAGCAAAAGACAAUAAAUUAGAGAAAAAUUUAAAAAUGAUUUUUUUAGUGGAAAAAAAAGCCCUUAGAAAAAUCCUACUGAGUAGUAAUAAAAUCACGUAGAAAUAUCCAUGUUUACAGAGAACACAGAUGUAGAACAAAGUUAGAGUAGAUAAAAAGCUCAGGAAAAUUGUGCUCCUGUUACUGAUGAUGCUCAAAAAGAAAAUGCAAAAGAAGAAAAAGUUUAAAGCUUCAAUGAAGAAGAUAUAAUCCAACCUAUUUUCUUAAGGGUAGCAAGCAAACAAGAUUCUGUAGAUAUUGAUAAAGACAAAUAAAAUAAUAUCUUUCAUUUAAAUAGAGGAGGAUGUAGAGAAAGUUUCGAAAACUACUACGAGCUUUAGGAUGUUUUAGGCGAGGGUUGCGUUGGAUUAGUCAGAAAAGCAAUAAAAAUAACUGACUAAUCUGAAUAUGCAGUUAAAAUAGUAAGAACUAGAGACGAAGAAACAAUUAUGAAUAUAAAAAAUGAAUUCCUGCAUCUCAGAGAACUGCAACAUAAAAAUAUUGUCAAAGUAUACGAAAUUUACAUUGAUAAGACUAAAGGAAAAAUAUACACUAUUAUGGAAUUGAUUAAAGGAAGGGAGAUGUUUGAGGUCAUAAAUCAAUUAGGUUCAUAUUCAGAGCAAAUUGCUAAGAAAAUUUUCAGAUAAAUUGUGUAAGCAAUAAGUUACAUGCAUAGUAAAUAUGUUUGUCACAGAGACUUAAAGCCUAACAAUAUUCUAUGUGACGAAACUGGUGAUAAUGUAAAAAUUACAGACUUCAACGUUUCGAAAUUUUGCGAUUCAUACAAAGAUUAUUCAAACAACAAUUUGCCUUUCCAAGGAAUCAAAAUGUGGACUUACACAGGAACAAUAGCUUUUUCUGCACCAGAAAUUUUCAAAGAAAACUGCUAUGAUGAAAAUAUUGACAUUUGGAGUGCUGGUGUUAUUUUGUACACGAUGCUUUGUGGUAAAGAACCUUUUUAAGCUGAAUUCGUUAAGGACUUGAUUAAUAAAAUAAUUGAAGGUGAAUAUAGCUUCCCAUCAGAUCCUUGGGAUAAAAUAUCAGAAGAAGCUAAAGAUUUGAUUAAAAAAUGCCUAACAAUCAAUCCUGAAGACCGUAUUAAGCCAGAUAUGAUGCUUCAACAUCCUUGGCUCCAAGACGACUAAAAGCAAAAGUUAGAACUUGAUAGAAACUAGCUAGUUGAAAAUAUUGACAGAUUAGUAAAGGGUAGAACAGGCUCUUUUGAAAAGAGUGAGGCUCGUAGGGUCAGAUCAAACACCCUUAACUUGGUUGCAUUAACUCAAUUCAGAUCAAGCAAUUUCAUGUUUUCAAAUUAGCUCUUCGACAAUCCUACAAACACAGAUCACACUGAAGACUCAGAUGAUCAAGAAGAAGACCACAGAAUCUAGAAGGAUUAACAUUCUCCAGCUAGAGCUGCUAGCUAUAAUAUUAAUUAGAAACCUAAUGACGGCGCCUGGUUUGAUAUAAAUCAACUAAAAUAAAAGCAAAAAUACGUUGAAUUCCCUAAGAUCGAAGAAGAUAACUUCAAAAAAAUAAAAUUCCUAAAUUAAAACGCUAGCAAUAACGAAUUUAAUAUUUUUCCAAAUAGAACUUCAAGCUAUAAUAUUAUAGAAGGGAAUGAUCCCUUUUUCAAUUAGUUUUAGUCACCUACAAAGCUUAAAGCACAAAACAAUUCAAAAGUAAGCAACUGAUAACUAACUAAAUAACUUAUUAAUUAAUUAAGUGAUUGUCUUCCUUUCUAAUGAUUCAACCUAUCAAUCUCUACUUUAAAACGAGAUCAAGUACAAAAAAAAAUAAGUCUUUCUAAUUUACAAAUAAAAACCAAACAUCCCUAAUUAAUUUAUUGAAAAUUUUUAAAUAAAAGACCCUUUUUAUAAAAUAUUAAAGACAUCUCAAAAAACUACUCAAUAAUAUAUUAAUAAACUACCAUUUUAAUUUCUAAAAUUUCUAAAGCAAAGCUGUUUGCUUCAACAAGCUAAUUAAUUACUCAUUAUUUGUAAUGAAUUAUUGCUUGCUCGGUAAAUUACCAAAUCUCAUAUCAUAAAAUCUUACAAACAAACAAAGAAAAAAUCAAUCAGAAUUGUAUUUAUUUAUUUUAAAAAAUAUAAUUAAAAUAAUAUAAAAAAACUAUUUCACUCUAUAAUUUUGUAAUAUAUUUGUAAAUAAGCUUAAAAUUUUACUCCAAUUCAUGUAUUUAUUUAUUGAUUUCAAUUUAACUUUUGCA